UUGUGAGCCAAAUUAUAGAGCUGCAAAAACCAUCACGUUCACAAAAUUUGUAAAUUAUGGCUAGGAUUUUUCUUUUUUUAUUCUUUUCAACAAUAUUUUGGAGUCGAUGUACUUCUACCAGUGUGCUAGGAGUUAGUCCUAACAGUAAGUAUGCGCUUGAAGUUUUAUAUUUAGGUCAGAAAAUUGUCGAAUGCACAAUUGAUAUUUUCAUCCGGUCCUUGACCUGUGAUAGAACGUGGCGUUAAUUCAAUGACAGGUGAUCAAAAUAGUCCGUUAGCUUAGCUUCAAACGCAAAUCAAGCAGUAAAUUUUUAGUAGAGCAUGUUAUUGGUAGUAAUAUUAGGUCAUGACCUAUACCUUUGUUGGCUAUUUAAUAUAUUACACCGCAUGUAUUAGCAUGUAUUUAUAGUACUAGUACUGUACAUAGAUGAUACAUUAAGUUAAUAGGAGAUAUUUAACAGUUAGUAUAGGUGGGUUGCACAUGAGAUCACAAGUAUUAAAAACUGGCUGUUUUAUAUGUUUUGUAUAUUGAGUGUUCACCAAAAAUGUUUGGUCAACCAAACCAACUGGACAUGCAAUUAUUUCUGGUUCAGCUCUUACCAAGCUUUCCUCCUAUAAUUUUCCAAUUGGUAAAAUUGUGGAAUCAAAAGAACUCUGUAAGAAGUGGAUAAAUUUAAAGUGGAAGUCAAGUCCGUAUGUAAACAAAUGGUUUGUUUACAUUUUGAACUGCUGUAUUUUUUUUUAAAUAUGACGUACUGUCUGAAUAUCUAAUACCAUUUUAGUUCGCUAUGCUUCUAAAUGAAUAUGAAAUAGAGUUUAUGUUCAGAAAAAUUCGAAACAUUUGAAAUUUGGGCAAUAAACACAUUAGAGGGUCCUCACAUUGUUAUGCAUGAGCAGAACCGAUGUGCAGAACGAACUUGACUUCUACUUUACUGUCGUUCCAAUUGAAGUGUUGCUCAAAUAUUGAUUCAAUACAUUACCUCGGGCUGACCAAUUCAUUUGAUCAAGUUCCUCGAGAUAUUCAUACACUUCCUGUGAAAGAGCCAAUUCCAAGUAUUUGAUCAUUUCUGGUCACUUCCUUUCUAUUUAUGAUUGGUUAGUUGCACAAACAACAAAGGUGAUUGGUGCAUUCAAACUAUUCAACAGGAAGUUUAGAAUUAUACUAGGAAGUGUAUGAAUAUCUGGAGGAACUUGAUGAAAUGAAUUGGUCAGCCCGAGGUAAUGUAUUGAAUCAAUAUUUGAGCAACACUUCAAUUGGAACGACAGUAAUUGAAGCAAAGAUUUCUUUCCAACAGCAGGCAUUAGAGUGUGUUCUUUGCAUAUAUGUUCUAGUGCAAUUCCAUUUAAUUAACACACACCCCUAUGAACAAGGUCUGAAUAAAAUUUGAACCCCAACAAAAAAAAGAUCAAAGUGCCGACACAAACACCCCCAGAAUUUAAGAAAUUUUUGCCUUACCCCUCAGAAAAAAAUGCAAAGAUCAAAGGAUGCCAAAGCACACAACCGGCUUUUUCAAACCCCCUCAGAAAUUCUUGUCCAUAGGGGUGUGUGUACAUUAAAUGGAAUGGCCCCUAGGAGAACUACACUACUGUAAAACCUACAUGAACCAGCUGCCAUAUUUGAAUGUUCCAAACAAAUUCCCAACAAAUCCCAAACAAUGUUCCCAACAAAUUAUUGACUAAUGAUAAAAGCACAGAAUAUAACUCCUUUAUAUAUAUCAGAAUAUAGUUGGGGAUUCUUUUAUUGUUGGUAAAACAAUAAGGAAUGCAACACGUAAAACCACUACUUUUACUAUGAUAGCGGACUCAAUGAGAGCGGACUAUUGCCAUUAGGCCCAUUUAUAUACUAUCAGCACUGUCAAACCUUUAAAGACCUGUGCAAGAGUUCUGAACUAGGAUUUCAGCAGCAAGAAAUAGCAAAGUACUAGGGUCUUCAUUGGCUUCAACAGCCUCCAAAAGACGACAAAGAACAGCUCAGCACACUCGCAUUCAACAGUAGCCAUGUUGGAUUGUUUUGAAUUUUGCUGCUGUGACUACUAAGACCAGAAUAUUACCCACAUGCAUCUUACCUUGUGAUGUCAUUAUGCAUUUAAGGUCUAUUUGGAUCAUAACUAUGAAUUUAUAUUGAGUUUAAAUUUGAUACAAGGGUACCUUCAUGUCAAUAACUGUAAUAUGUUGUGCUGUUCCGCUCAUAUGAGUUGUAAGUUGUAUUCAAUACAUUUUGUUGUUAACCAUUGAAUGCCAGUGCUCUCACCUAGAUGCGUAAAAUCAUCUGGUACUAGACAGAAUAAAAUAAUAAAGUAGGAAAAUUUAAUGUGCAUUACUGUAUAGGGUGUAAAUUCAACUUGACUCAUGGUUACCAUCACAGUUGUACUUGUUCUUAAAACAUAACUGAGUUACCAUUGCUCCAAGGUAACAAAGUUACUUGCCAACAAAUCAUUUGAGCAACAUUAUACAGAAUUUUUGUAUUUGUUAUACCAGGAACAUCAUAUCAUACUGUAAAUUUUCCAUUUUGAGCUGGAUUUAGAUCAGAUACAAUAAAAAUAUAAAUAUAGGGAGAUCCCCAUCUACAAAAGAGUUUGCUGGCAUGUUCCUUUAGAAAACCUUAUCGGGCUAGUUGUCGCUGCCAAAAAGGUGGGAACUAACAAAAACAAUCAGACAGUGAAUGAGAUGAUGAGAUCUGGUUAGAAUUUAAGAAAGGUUAGGAAGUUAUUUACAACAUUGUAUAGUACAUCACUCACGCAUAUAAAGAUGCAUAUAAACAUCGACAAAUUCUAUGCAGUUUAGUCUGGAAGAAACAAGAUAAGUAUAAUUAAUCCCUGACCCUUUGCCAAAACUAUUAGCAACACGCUAGUCUAAUGUGGAAUGACUUGUUAUUUUCAAGAUGCAGAGUCUCGUAUUUAAACGCGAUUGUGAGACCAGCAAGACAUUUAACUUUAUCCUAAUGUUUGAAAUUUUGUAGUAUUCACAGUCAGAAUACUAUAGUCAUUGACAGUUUGUUAUCCAAAACCAAAUUUUAUGGAUCUCAGGGUACUGCAAUUUUUAGAACCUGUAAUAGCUGACGUUCUGACAUUUUAUUGAACACUGUAUGACACUCUUGUUUAAUUAGUCUUUACAGUAGAAACGUCUGAGACAUUCUCAUUAGAAUAACUGAAUCAGAAUCAGUUCCUACACGGCUACAGCACAUAUAAGUGUACAAAACCUUUGGUUUCAAAUCAGACAAUGAGUUAUAAUAAAUAUAGCAUAGCCUCAUAUAGCCUCGUAUAGCCUCGUUGCUCAAUGUGCAUGACACACAUACGCUGUACAGUAUUGAAGAAGUUAUAUGGCAGGCUUUGGGGAUGGUGAAUCUUAUGCAAAAUAAAUAAAACUCAACGUCUAGUGGAGUUGAGAGCUUGCUUGUCUAUGACCAUGUUGACAACAUGCAGGGCGAGGACAAAUUCAACAACCGACAUACAGUACUUAUUACGAUUUACGGUUUUCUUCCAAAUCCUUCGAUAAAUUUUAACAAUAUACCGUUGCGCAUGCCGUAUAUCAAUGUAUCGAUAAAUUGUUUUUUAAUAUCGAAGUAUUUGGUAUUGUAUUUAUAAAAAUAUCGAUUUGCCGAAAAUUUCGAUUUAUGUUCGCUAUUUUCGGUAUUGAACGUGAACAACCAGCUGAACAGACUAAAAGUACUAGGUGUGAAUGUUAUUAUACAUAUACUGUAGAUGUAUGGUGUGGCGUAAUGCUUGAAUGUAAGAAUUACUCUUCUGAAAAGUGUCAAUUUAAGAGUACUUUUUUCUGUUGUACAUUGGGUUUCUUUUCAUGCCUUGAAGUUUUAGGGUGAAUAUUUUGUGACGUUUCUGACCGACAUGUACAGUAUCAUUAAUAUAUUUUGGUAUAUCGGUCUUCGAUAUUUCAUUGCCACAAUAACCUAUUGAGUUAACACCAAAGAUUUUUGACGAACAUUGGAUCCAAGCUUUUCUCAUUAACUGGACCCAACGAGGUGUAGUAAUGGUGAUUAAUUUAAUAAUUUUGCAUGAGCCGCAUCUCCUAUAUACCUGAAACAAAACAUCUCAUUUAUUUGCUCACCGUAUUUCCAUAUUUUGCUCAUAACAUACAUUAUAUUAAUUUUAUAUACAAUAAAAUUAAUAUAGACCGAUACAUUCUCCAAAUUGAUCUUAGCAAAUUAAAGACAAUAACGUGAAUUACAAUAAAAUUAUAAUUGAUCUUAGCAAAUUAAAGCUACAGCAAGAAAGUUGGCCAGUGGAAUUUGUAAUUGCAAGAAAGAUCCUUCACAGCAUGAAAGUAAUAAUAUUAUAUUUAUAAUGAUAUCGAUUUGUCAUGUAUGUUACAAAGUGAGCUGCAAAGGCUAAUUCUAUUUUGUACAUGUCUAGCAAAACCAAGUGUGUGAUUGCUCUUAUACGUGCAAUGCGUGCUACCGCGGUGCCUACAGUACAGUACGGUACAGUACAUUACAGUACAAAAGACAAUUCCACCUAAUAUUUUACUAGGUAGUUCUCAGAUCAUGCAGUCUUGCACUGUUGCUGAAAUCCUUGUAGAACUACAGCGGCAUAACAUAGACUCGAUGAGGAAAAUACAUACAGAAUGCAUAAAUAUUUGGGAUACAUGGACUCGUACACAAACCCAACUUUUAUGUUUACGCUAGACUGCUCACGAUUGCAAGAUUUGUCAGUUAAUGGAGCAAAUUAUGCGUAGAUUGAUACAUAGAACGUUUUAAACACAUUUUGCAAAGUACACUAGUGGAUAUUCUAAUGUUAUUGAGUUACAAUUGCUCGGUUGUUCGAAUGCCGGUUAGCUUAGAAUCUCCAACAGCGUGCUUACAAACUUGGUGAUAUUUUCCCAGAAAUCAUCUCUGGAUCAAACGAGCAUGCAGAAGUACCAUGCAAACCAAAACAGCGGGCUACAUUUUAACCCAGGGUUAGCGCUAAUCCAGCUUUGAAUAACCAGCCCCAGUGCUAGAUGAUUUUAUGAUACAUGUGUAUUUUACUUGAUUAGAAGAUACCCCGGUUCCGGUUUACGGGUACAAGUAUCGCCAUUUUGUUUACCAAUUUUUGCUGAUGUCAGCAAUUUUACCCGUAAUUUCUACCCGUUUCCCCGUGGUAAACCAUGGUCUACACGUAAAAGACAAACGGGUACGGGUGUUUCCUGUUUACUAUUUUUGGGCCGUCCAAAUAGUACAAAUUUUCAACAUCUUACCCAAAUAAAUAAUGCACAUAUGCUGGUCAAAGUUUUCAACAAUUUUUGGCGAACCUCAACAGCGAAAGUUGCCAUUCUCUGAUCGGUUUUCUCAUGCCGGAGUACUUGGAUUUCUUAAGUUACAAGUUAUUCUCCGAUUUACGGGUACGGGUACGUGUAUAUCACCCGUAAACCGGAAUCGGGGUAUCUUAACCUCUCUAAUGAAGGUCAAGAUGUCCGUUCAUGAAUAGCGUAUUCAAGAUUUUUGUUCUCAUUACAAGUGCACUCAUGCAGGGCGCUUUCCAUUUGAACAAAACCCCCAGUUUGCGGUUCCGGAAUGUCCAGUGGCAAAAUGGAACGCUACAGCGUGACAGACCUUGUAAAUAAUGAGAGGGUUGUUGGGCGCUUUCCAUUUGACAGAACUUCUGGAAAUCUUGCUUGAAAAUAAAAUGGAACACGUUAAUUUCUGGAAUGAUGUUUCUUUAAUUUCGAAGAGUUUGACACUACCGCUCAAAUCUCCUCUUUGAGCAUUCGGCGAAAUAAAUCCAGACUCGAGGCACUGAAAUGGUCGAGAACACGCCAUUUUGGUUUUGGUGGCGGUUUUUGCUCAAAAACUUUUGUAAAGCAACAUUGGUUGGGAAAUAUUUUAAUGGAAUGUAAAAAUUUCGAAACUUCCGGAAUUUCCAAUUUGUGGACAACCUCGAGAGAUUGUCCGGAAUUUUCGAAACAGCAUUCCGGAAAUUAACGUGUUCAUUUGAUUUUCGAACAAGAUUUCCGGAAUUUCCGUCAAAUGGAAAGCGCCAUGUUUAUUGCUAAAGUCUUUGCUAAUGUUUCAUCUGCAUUUUCCUGCAUAGGAUUACCACUGUAUGAUCCGAGUAAAGAUUUCACAUGUCUAGAUGGGUCUCAACUACUGAGCUUUUCAAGUGUCAAUGAUGAUUAUUGUGAUUGUACUGAUGGAUCUGAUGAACCAGGUAAAGGUGGAUCUAAAUAUAUGGUGUUUCCAAGGAAACUGCAAUGCCUGUUCAAAUUAAGAACUGCGCAGUUUUGACAGAGUUCUACGGUGGCCCAUACGGGCCAACCCUUCUCCGUACAAAGUUGCACCUUCUCCGUACAAAUGUGUUGUUAUUCUAUGGAAAUCAAACUUCUCCGUGGAAUAUUGCCGUUGUUCUGUCACGGAAAGCCUCUUCUCCGUACAAAUAUGCAGUUUCUCCGUGGAAACACGCAUCUUCACCGUGGAAACACGCAGCAUUUCUGUGGAAACACCGCAGCUUCUCCGCGGAAACGCGUAG